UGAUAAGAUAUAUAAUGGGCACUGAAACAGACGUUAUUUCAUUCUCCUCCUGAUCAAAGAUGGAUCUGCAAAUCUCAGUUUUUCUUCUCUUCAUUCUUUUCACUGCAGGACACUCUCUCAGAUGUUAUGGGUGCAAGGGUCUGACAGGUUCUUGUGCAGAUAAAGAGGUAAAUACAUGUCCAAGUGGAUUUUCUCAGUGCAUGAGUUCAACAGUACUAAGAAAAGAUGGUUCAAAAGUGAAGCUUAGAAAUUGUGAUCCUGAUUGUCAAAGUGGGUCCAUCAACAUAGGCAGUGUACAGACGACUUUUUCCUGCUGUGACACAGACGAGUGUAACCUCCAAGAUGCUCCAGAUCCCAGCAGUAACAUUCCCAAUGGAAAGAAAUGUUACUAUUGUGAUGGACAGGAUGGACAGAACUGCACAAACACUGUGAGCUGUUCAGGAACUGAAGACCACUGCAUUCAUUUAAUAGAGACAUUUGGAGGCCGGUCAACUGUUUCAAAAGGCUGUGUAUCUAAAGCUAUGUGUGAUACCACAGCACCAGGUCCCCAUAGGGUUCUGAACGUCACAUGUUGUGAGGGGAACCUGUGUAACGGUGAUCAGAAUGUCACCCAGAGAUCCACAUAUAACGGUGUUCAGUGUGUCUCCCAGAGCUUCCUGUUCCUCUGCUGUUCUCUGCUCUCCUACUUCCUGCUGCACUGAAUCCAGCAGCUCUUCAUCCUACAAUCAGACACACUGUACUGAAUAUAGAGCUUGUAUUUUCUCUCUACUGUAUUUGGUGUUCUGAUGGGUUUUUUUUCCCCCCUGUUAAAUUCUGAUGAGACAUUUUAUGAGAUUACACUACAGAGAGCACAACAUCAAAUAAAGGCAUAAAAACUAAACCA